AUGGCGAUGACGAGGGCAGAGCGCAUGGAACAGUAUCAGGCGACGAAGUCACUGACGGGACGGAUUUCGCACCGAGAGAAACGGUUCCAGCUUGUGGCCUACACUAUUUCUACGAUGGUCUUCGGUAUGAUCUGCAGCGCCCUUGGCCCAGCCAUUCCUUGGCUGGCGGGCAACGCAGAUGUGUCUCCGGAGGUGCUCGGAUGGCUCCCGGCUGCUCAGGCGGUGAUGUGCAUCGCUUCGGGCUUGGCCUCAAGCCUCAUGGCCUAUGUGCCACGGAGAUUCCACCAUCGCAUGCUCUUUGUGAUGAUGCUUUGGCUUGGUGGAUUCUUCGCGCUGCUGCCGGUCGCGAGCCAGACCCUUCUUGCGCUUGUCUUCACCUACGGCUUUCAGGUCCUCCCUCGACCGUGGAUCGGGCAGAUGACAAACCUGCUGGUCUCGGAGCUCUACGAGGAUGCGAGCCUUUCCAGCGCUGCCCAGAGCUUCAACCAAGGUGGAUUUGCCUUCGGCUGCGUGAUCAUGGUGCUUCUUGAGCAGCUUUCAUCGGCCACCUUCGGCACCGAGGUCAUGUUCUACCUUGCUGGAGGCUUCACCGCCCUGUCGUCCCUUCUUUUCCUGAAGCUGCCUGCGCUGGAUGACAAGCCAGCACCAACCAGCAAUGUGCCGCGGUGCUCACAAAUGCCCAGCUGCUUCACGCUCACUUGCAGCGGCCUCGGCAUCUUGGCUGUUGGCCUGGAGGUAGCAUGCGGAACCUGGCUGAUCACAUCCAUGACCCAGAUUGGAUUCUCCUCGGGGACUGCAGCGGCCUGCAACGUGACCUUCUGGAUUCUCUUCGCCGUCAGCCGCUUGGUUCUGGCACCCUGCAUUUGCAAAUGCCUGCGCCCUCGGCCGGCGGCCAUGGUCAUUGGAGGCGCAGCCGUCGCUUUUCUUUCGUGUCUUCCCGCGGCCGUCUGGCCGCACUAUUUGCCCGCGAUCUUCGUCGCGGUCUCUGGGGUCGCCGUGGGUGCCGGGCCAACAUACGCGAUGUGCAUCAGCAUGGCCAAGGAGCGUCGGGAACUCACGUCUGUGGAUUCAGCCAUGUUCGCGAUCGCCUCCUCCCUCGGUGCUGGGGGCGUUCCGUUUGUCAUGAGCCGUAUUCUGGCCUUCUUCAGCUCCACGGCGUUCUUCCCGACGCUGACGUGCAUGUGCUUGAUCCUCCUUGUCUUUGCUUACCUCGUUGACCGCGUCUCCUGCACGAGCAGAACAUCAGAGGAGCAGCCGGACGUGGAGCAGGCAGUGGAGGAAGAGGCUCGAGAGCCCGCGUCACCGGUGGUUCCCCCGAUCGUGUGGACUUUUUGGGAGCAGGGUUGGCAAAAUGCACCAGCGCUUUGUCAGGCUUGCGCCGAAAGCUGGGAAUGCGCCAAUCCGGAUCUCUCUAUCCGCAAGAUCUCUGCUGCUGACCUUCCUGACUUGCUGCCGGAGCUUUCCCUGUGGCCCCGGUUGUGGGAGCUGCCCCCGGCGCAGCGUUCAGACCUCGUGCGCCUGACACUUCUGCAGAAGUUCGGUGGCAUUUGGGCUGAUGCCACGCUCUUCUGCACUGCUCCAGCCAUGCCUUGGCUUCAGGCACUGAAGUCUCGCUCCGAUAAUGCUGCGAAGGACUUCUUUUUCGUGUUCGACCGCUCCGACUCCAAUACCUGGGCACAUGAUCCCUUCUUGAAGUACAAGCUCAUGAUCAGCAACUGGUUCUUUGCCAGCACUGCCAACCAUCCGCUUGUUGCGCAGCUGUUCUCGGCUAUGCGCGAGGAGGUGACACGGACGAGUGUCCCAUAUUUCUGCAUGCACCACACCUUCCGGGCCCUACUGGAAGACGAGGCAAAUCGCAGGCUGUACGAUCAGGUUCCACGCGUAUCAGCCCGUCAUCCGCAUCUUCUUGAGUUCGAGCUCGGCUUCUCUACCUCUGCAGUCGGCUCUGCCAAGGAGCUGCUGCGGCAGUCCCUGGAGGCACGAUCUUCAAAAAAAGCUCAGAGAAACGAGAGCUUGUCUUGUGGAAGCUUAGACUUGUGA